GGUCUUUCUGCCUUUCUCCAGCCUGAAAGGCACUGUGCUUUCAAGAAUGCAGUGCAGGAUUUUAUGUCGAGUCAAAAACAACGAGCUGUCCUUGCUUUACUGAAACAACUGCAUGUUUAUGAUUUUGUAGUAUGUGAUGUCAUGAGGGUGUUGGCUUUUAGGAAUUUCACUACUGAGGAAGCAGUUUAAUGUGCAGUCAGAAUUUUCAAGACCUGUGAAUGUGUACUUGGUUUCUUUUUAGUUAGCUCUAAAGAAAUGCACAGAUGGAUACACACACAUGCACACACACACAUUUUUUUUGUUUAUAAGGAAUUAACAUGUGGAAUAUGGAAAUGAUUUAAGUGGAUACCGUAUCUGAAGGCAAUGUCAAGUCGGUCUGGAUUUUCAAACUCUGUUCCUCUACCAGGAUAUCCGUUCUACCAGGUAUCAUGCAGCCAUAAUCAGCAGACCACGUCAUUUAGACAUCCUGUGACAGGACAGGUUUCUCCAGAGAAUAUUGAAUUUAUUUUGCGAGACGAGCAGAAUUCACCUAUGUCCAAGCAACAAAUAAACCAAAGACCUUCAAGUAUGGUCAGUGAAACAUCCACUGCAGUAACUACAGCUACUGUUGAUACAAAGCCGUCUUCUAAGGUUGUGAAGACUGGAAGUAAAGUUCAUAGCUUUGGAAAGAGGGAGCAAGCUAUCAGGAGGAAUCCUAAUGUUCCUGUUAUAGUAAGAGGCUGGUUACACAAGCAGGAUAGCUCUGGAAUGAGAUUAUGGAAAAGACGGUGGUUUGUGCUUGCUGAUUAUUGCUUGUUUUACUACAAAGACAGCAGAGAAGAAUCUGUUUUGGGUAGCAUACCGUUGCCUAGUUAUGUAAUAUCUCCUGUUGGACCUGAAGAUCGCAUAAAUCGCAAAUUUUCUUUUAAGGCUGUUCACACAGGAAUGAGGGCAUAUAUUUAUAAUAAGAAUUCUGUUAUUGGCUCUCAGGCAGAGCAUUCAGGGAUGCGGACGUACUACUUCAGUGCAGAUACGCAAGAGGAUAUGAAUGGCUGGAUCCGGGCUAUGAAUCAAGCGGCCCUUAUGCAAACACGCUCUUCACUGAAAAGAGAAACUGAAAAAGUGGACCAGCAAGCUGUUCCCCAAGCCAAUCACGUGGAUGCCUGUAAAGAGCUUGUGAAGACAGAGAUUACAGAUCUAAAAGAAAGUUAUCAAAAAUCAGCAGAAACAUUUGGAUAUGACAAGCGUGAAGAGAUAAGAAGAGAGAAAGAGGAGGAGGAGCGUUGUAUCCACAGAAAAGAAACUGUGGAGGCUAAGAAAGGAAAGGCUAAGCAUGCAGUUACAGAAGCUGAUUCAUUAUUUCCAGGUUUAACAAGUGCAUCUCGGUCCCAAGUAGCUCAGCCUCAGCCAGUUGAGAAGAAUGGAACACUUUCUAGCUCAUUAAAUAUGAGUGCUGGUGUAGUGGAGCAGAAUGGUACCAGCUCAUAUAAAAGAGGGUUUGUUCCCAGAACAAAUCCAGAUAAACAGAUUCAAAGAAAAAGUAACAUGGCUCAAGUGGAGCACUGGGUAAAAGUCCAAAAAGGAGAUACAAAGAGCCUCACUUCUGAGCAGACUCUUGCACGUCAGGGUCCCAAUCCAUCUCUCUCUCAUCCUGAAAACUAUCACACGUUGCCAAAGAAUACCAGGCAGCCUUCAGGGAGUUCAUCCCCACCACCAAACCGCAAUUUGCCGAGUGACUACAAAUACGCACAAGACCGUGUAAGCCACUUGAAGAUGUCACAGGAGGAAAGGAAAGCAAAUAAGGAUGGAACUGUUUGGCAGCUGUAUGAGUGGCAACAGAGACAACAAUUUAAACAUGGCAGCCCCACUGCUCCACUUUAUAUAGGCUUUUCAGAUUUUGUUGAUCGUGGAAAAUCAAAAAGUUCAUUGGAUGUUCCGCGAUCAAUAUCUGUUCCACCAUCUCCAUCUGAUAUUCCUCCACCUGGACCUCCAAAAAACUUUCCUCCAAGGAGACCACACACUCCUGCAGAGAGGCUCACAGUUAAACCAUCUGAUGAGAGACAAACUGUGGACAUUCCUUUUGCUGGAUCACCCAGGAAGAUUCGAAAUCAAGCUGUAAAGAGCUCGACCCACAUUGAUCGACGCUCUAUGCCAGCCAUGGGCUACAUGACCCAUACUGUAAGCGCACCCAGUUUGCAUGGCAAGUCGGCUGAUGACACUUACCUGCAGUUGAAAAAGGAUUUGGAGUAUCUGGAUCUAAAGAUAGAAAAUAAUGGACCUCUGAUCAACAUGAUUUACAAAGUACUAAAGAACUCAGCACAAGGGUUACUAUCCAGUUUACAUGUGACUGGGCGUGACACGUUAAAAGAACGAAGUACAAAACCUGUCAAGAUUGCAGAAAGUGAUACUGAUGUCAAGCUGAGUGUUUUCUGUGAACAGGACAGAAUUCUGCAGGACUUGGAAGACAAAAUAAGAGCCCUGAAGGAAAAUAAAGAUCAGCUGGAGUCUGUUUUGGAGGUUUUACACAGGCAGAUGGAACAGUACAAAGACCAACCACAACAUGCAGAAAAGAUUUCUUACCAGCAGAGACUGUUGCAAGAGGAUCUCAUACAUAUUCGGGCUGAAAUAUCCAAAGUUUCAACUGAAAUGGAAAAUGCCUGGAAUGAAUAUCUGAAAUUAGAAAAGGAUGUGAACCAGCUGAAACGGGCCUUACAGGAGCAGAUGAACAGUUCACUUGUAUCUCAGGAGAAAACACAAAUACAAAAAGACUUAUGGAGAAUUGAAGAUGUUACAGCUGGCUUGAGUGCAAAUAAAACUAAUUACAAAACUAUAGUAGAAUCGAUCAAGAAUCCAGAGAGAAAAAUAGUGCCUUCAUUUUCUCAGUCUACAGUGCCUUCCUUACCAACUUCUCUGAAAACUACGGAGAACAAGCUUUCCAUUCCGCAAAGUCCUCCAUCUAGUCCCAUUAAAUCCUCUUUGGAAGUCAGGCUGUAUCCACAGCCUUAUUUCCAAACUAGAACACAGCACCAAACACAGCAGCUGAAAAAAAUCGAGCCCUCUCUUCAGUCACCAGUUAAGCUAACACCAAAGGUUGAAGAUGAAGCACCCCCCAGACCUCCUCUCCCUCAGUUGUACAAUCCUGAUGAUCAGCCACCAGCUGUUCCACCUCUUCCGAGAGAAGCCACUGUCAUCAGACAUACAUCAGUGCGGGGUCUGAAACGUCAAUCAGAUGAAAGGAAGAGAGACAGAGAACUAGGACAGUGUGUAAAUGGAGAUUAUAGGGUAGAACUGCGUUCAUACAUGAGUGAACCAGAACUAGCAACAAUAGGUGGUGACCUCAGCCAACCUUCCAGUGGUUUAAUAACCUCUGACAGUGGAUGCCAGACAUUACCUACCCGUGGUUUAUCUGGAUCAACUUCCAGAUUGCACCAGUCAUCUACCAUUUCAUCGUACGCAACGCUUCGAAGGGAUAGGUCCAAGGAGAGACCAAAGAGUGCCUUGGAACGUUUAUACUCUGGAGACCACCAGAGAGGCAAGAUGAGUGCGGAGGAACAACUAGAAAGAAUGAAGCGGCAUCAGAAGGCAUUAGUUCGUGAACGCAAGAGAACUCUUAGCCAAGGAGAAAGGCAGUCUGUUUCAUCCCGGUCUUUCAUCAGGCCCAUUUCUGCAGACCUAGGCUCAGUAUGUUAGAUAUGCCUUAAAAGGACUAGACUGAACAUGAUCUUUGGAUUUUUUUUUUCUAGCAAGCACUUUCACUUGAGUAUGUGUGAUGCUUCUAGUCUAAUGAAAUUAGUGUUAUACAGUGUAAAAUGAGAUCAGAGAGCGUGAAUAACAGAUCUUUUUUUUAACUAGUAGUUACAGUAUAUGUAGCAGGUUCAGCAGGUAAGUUGGUCAGAGGUUAGUGUGCUAAGUGGAGACUAGAAUAUAUUGGAGUGAUUUAAGAGACGUUUUUUACUGGAUUUGUAUUUAGAACGUGUAAGAAGUUUGUACAGUUUUCAAACUACUUCAUAAUGGAAUGGGCCUUUUAGAAUGUUCUUUUCCACCAUGGAUUUUUUUUCUUUUAAAUUCUUAAGUUAUAAGAUAGUUGUGAUAAUAUCAGGUGAAGGUGGAGGGGUUUGUUUGUUUGUUUUAGUUGGUUGGUUUGGGGUUUUUUUGCUUUAAGAUUCAAUAAAUGGAUGAUCAGUUUUAAAAUUAAUAAUUUGUAUUAGGAAUUUAUGUAAGGGCUAAUGUAUUUUAAUUGUUAUCAAUUCUUCUUUAAAGCUAAAAAUGUAGAAUAUUCUAAUAAGGCUCAACUUUAAGUUGAUGAAGAAAAAGAUUUUUGUUGCGUUCUGAGAUGAGAUGCUGUACAGAAUGUAAGUUUGUAAUGACACGUUUUGGAUACUAACCAAAGCAGUUCUAAUUGGUGAAGUUAUCCAGUUGCUCCCUUGGUGCUAAACCAAGAUUGUACUGUAAUUGCACUUAUGCUGUGGUCUUUGAAUUUAUUUUUUUAUUUGAUUCACAGAGCUUUAGAAUGAUCACGUUAUUUUACCUAAUUCAUUGCACAAGAUCUCUUGCUUUUAGAUUUGUCACUCAUCAUACCUAAUGCCUCUUCUUUUUUUGUUUUUUUUGUUUGUUUUUGUUUUUGUUUUCAAUUUGCAGAAUUUUUAGUUACUUUAAAAUUUCUAACUGAACUACUCAAUUUUUACCAGGCUUAAUUGCAUUUAGAACAUGUGCGUCAAUAACGAGCAUUUAAAAUUCCCCUAUAAUAUUCAAUCUUUUGUUCCCAUUUCUUAUAAGCCUUCAGUAACACUAAUUUACAGCCAGUUAUUUGUAUUCACUUUCCUAGUGAAUAUGAGUGCACUACUUGGAGACAUUAAUCUGUUUUGUCUUCUGUUUUGCGAUCACAAAUUUAUUAAUAAAGAUAGUGCAUAGAAUUUUGGGAAUUGGAGAACUUUGGUAUCGCUGUUAUUUUCAUAUUUUAGUUAGAAGAACUAAGCCUGAGCUAAAUGAGUCUAAUAUUUCAUGACUCUAACGUAACACACACAAGUCUAAUUUAAAUGUUUUUGUAACACUCCAUAUUAACAUCUGUAGCGAACAUUUUAUCUAUAAAUUUGGGUGCCAUCUUGGUCUUUUUCUUGCUGUAAAGACUUAAAUUAAUCUUUUAGCCCUGGAAAUGUUUCGUAAUGAUCAUCUCUUGUACCUAUAGGGCUUCAACAAACAAAAAGCAUGUUUUAUAGCACAAUUACUUAUGGCAUUACAAUUAUUUAGCAGCCAAAAUGAUGAACAAUUAAAUGUAUAAUUGAAGUGCUGCUCAGUAUGUAACAUUUGCUUUAAACAUACAUUGUAUGUGUAACUCUAAUUUUUAAUCGGUCAGUGCUCUAGCACAGUAUGGCAUUUAAAAUAUUGAUCACAGUACAUGAAUUCAUUUGUUAUAUAAAAUGCCUUUUUAAUGUAAAAGUCGCAACAUCAAAGCCAAUAAAAAUAUUGCUUCAUAAUAA